AUUUUUUGUCCAAAUACAUAUGAAGCUGCAUUAACCCCUUAACAGUCACAUAAAAAAGUGCAGUCAUGAGGACACAUGCGCAUCUUCAUGAUGCUGAAGAGCAUGUUCUCUACAGCUUCAGAUAAAGAAGGAACAUCUACUUUUCUAUUCAUAGCAUCUGGGAUAUAAACCUCUCCCCACUCUAUUUAAUCUGUGUUGUAGUCGGCCCCAAACAACAAAAAGUCUGCUGAAAAGUCUCAUUUUUCCCUCCUACAUCUUUUUGCAUUAUGUUAGUUUAGUUAGCAUGCACAGCUCUAAUACACAAUGCAACAAAAAGUAUAAGUAGAAUCUAAAGUGCUUCUGUGGUAAACAGGUUACCCUUACAACUGCUCCGCCUAUCGUUUCAUUCCUAAGAAAACAAGGUCAGGUAUUCAAAGGACCUGUUUUUUAGAAGAGGAAACAACCUGAACACACUGUAUAGUAUUGUCUUCUCCUUUAAAGGUGUGGGCGGAGAGUAGAGUGCAGAGUUAAGUUUCACUGACACCUCCCUUCCUAGACUCACAAACUGCAGAUCAGCCGUGUUGCAGUGCUGAGAGGUGCUCUCGGUUGGGAUCUUAGUGCGUAUAUUGUUCUCUUUUUCCGACUCUUGUGGAUGUGGCUGCCAUCAAUGACGAACCAAAGUAGGACACUCUGGGAAACUUGUACGAUAGGUCUAUUCCUUUCCCAAACCUCUCUGACCACUGAAAAGGAUAUAAGCCACUUGGACUUCUCUUUCCCUCGUAUGUCUGUGAAUUUUCAUACAACAAAUAAGAAUUUUCAUCAAGUGCAGAGAUGGCAAAGUUGCACAAACUCUAUGUAGUACUACUAACAGCUCUAGCACUGUGGAAACGUUGUCUGGCAGAAUGGAACGCCACCGAUGGGUCCUCCAACCAAACCACAUCUGUAUGUCGACACAACUGCACAGCAGAGAAAGACACAGAACAAUCGAAUGGUCACUACUCAGAAUGUCCUAAGGAGCUGCUUCAUUACUGUAUCCAUGGAGAGUGUCGUUACAUUAAGGAACAAAAGGCACCAUCCUGCAGGUGUCACAACAAUUACAACGGCGCCAGGUGUGAAUAUGUGACGUUGGACUGGCAAAUAGGUGGCAGAGGACAAAUCAUAAUAGGCUGCGCCAUUGCAGUGCUUCUGCUCUUGAUGAUCCUCGUUAUUUCCAUCUGCGUCUGUUCACAUUGCAGGCGCAGAAUGUGGGGACAGAACAGAAGACAGACGGAGCGUAGAAACGGAACAGAGAAACGCGGCAUGCUGAGUCCACCAGAGUCAACAGAACUGACACGUAUCGACUCAGUAUGAAGACCCUGUCAGGGAUGCCUCUAGGCAUCACAUGUUUACACACAGGGCCACUUCUGGCCGCAGGCUCACAGUAAAUGCAGGAGGCCUCAGCAUCGGUUCCUGGUCAGCUUUGAGGUCGAUGAGUAACACCGCUUCACAGGAAAAUAUGUCAACCUGUGACAGAAGCUCAGAAGAUUUCUUUUGUCCUGGUGACCUGCUGUGUUUGGAACAUUAAACAAGCUUAUGGAAGCAAAAAGCAAGAGGAAGAUGCCCUCCUGGAUUUAUGAUAAAUAUGAAUUUGGGAAGAGUGUUCAGCUGCCUGGGUGCUGGAAAGGAUGCUUUUGUUUUAAAAGUUGUGGAGCAACAGACAUGGCCUUUCGCCGAGUGCUGCUGAUCACGCAGCACUAAAUAAAUUGUUGCUAUGUUGGAAAAAGCUCCGAGGCCAGUUGGCAGCCAAUGACAACACUCCGUCAGGUCGGCUUGGAACCGGCAUCUGCAGGAGACGCAUCAACACUGUGAGAUGAGAGGAAAGCAACUGUCCUUUUAGGGAAACUGAGCUACAGAGAUCAACCUUUAUACAGAUUGUAACACAACCACAGCAGCAGGCUUGUUUACUGCUUGACUAGUUUUUAUGUGCCACAUAAUGAUCAGUUAUCACUUUCAACUUAUCACUACAGAGCCAUGUCUCCACGUAUGCUCGCAGACGAUAUUGUUACUCAUGUGCAUGACCAGUUCAAGGAGAGGCCCAUUAAGGUUGGAGCUACAUUAACCACACGGUUCAAAAAAGACAAGUAGAUCUUGUGCUGGAAGUCUUUUUUUUUAUCUGUUGGGGUUUUUAUAUUUGGAGUCGAGGAGCAUGCAGGCUACAGAACAGAACAGCUGAGUCUGUGUGCAAGGCCUGACAGUGCUGCUCUGUUUCACAGCUGCCAAACUUUCACUGAGAUUUCAGAAUGUAACUAUGUAGACAUAAACUCGGAGUCAGGUAAAUCUGCCUCCGUCAUUUACAUCACUUAUCAAUAAAGAUGCUGUUGUUUACUUUA